GGCAAGUGCAAAUACACAAAACAGCACAGCAAUGGGAAAUAUACCGUCGAGUUUACUGGAUGACUUGUCCGAGGGGACAAACUUUGGAUCUGAAGAAAUUGACCGUCUUGCGAAGCGGUUUAUGAAGCUCGACACGGACAACUCCGGGGCGAUCGACAAGGAUGAGUUUCUAGCGAUCCCCGGGAUAGGCCAGAACCCGUUGGCGAGACGGGUGGUGGACAUCUUUGACGAGAACAAGGGAGGCGACAUCGACUUCAAGGAGUUUGUCACUGGGUUGUCCGUGUUCUCCUCCGCUGGGUCUGUCGACGGCAAACUCAAGUUUCUUUUCAAGGUGUACGACAUCGACAACGACGGCUACAUCUCAAACGGCGAGCUGUUCAUAGUGUUGCGGCUCAUGGUGGCUGACUCCUUGACGGACGUGCAGCUCCAGGAGUUGGUCGACCGUACGAUCAUGGAGGGCGAUUCCGACGGCGACGGCAAGUUGUCUUUUGCGGAGUUCAAAAAGAUCAUCGAGAGCACCUCUGACAUCACGCAGAAGUUAAGCCUGGACGAUAAAAUAUAGUGUGUAGCUUCUCACCUCGGUAUAGGCGUACAAGCGUAAUAGAUAUAGCAGACACUUGCAAUGGCACUCCCAGCCAGCCCUGCCUAAGCACCUCCGGUCCCCAGGCAGAAGCCCCGACCGUUAU